UGCGCAGGCGCGGGGGUGGUGCCUGGCGGAGGCGCGAGGUGGGGCGCGGCCGGCGGCGAGGCGGGACAACCGCUGGGCGGGCGCCAAGCGUGCCCGUGCGCUGGUGAGGUGGCGUCCGUUCUACCCGGUCGCUCCCGUUCCGCGCCAUGCAGAGCCCAGUCUCUGGCACCUGGCUGCUCUGAUCUGGUCUCAGCGCGGAGGGAGCAGAGGGAGUCCAUGGAGGAUCCCUCCGAGCCCGACCGGUUGGCGUCCGCGGACGGCGGGAGCCCGGAGGAGGAGGAGGAGGAUGGGGAGCGGGAGCCGCUGCUACCGCGGAUCGCCUGGGCCCACCCGCGGAGAGGCGCCCCAGGCAGCGCCGUGAGGCUGCUGGACGCUGCCGGGGAGGAGGGCGAGGCCGGCGACGAGGAGCUGCCCCUCCCGCCCGGGGACGCGGGGGUCUCGCGGAGUUCGCCCGCCGAGCUGGACCGGAGCCGCCCCGCGGUUUCAGUAACUACUGGUACUUCAGAGAUGAAUGCAUUCUUGGAUGACCCAGAAUUUGCUGAUAUUAUGCUGAGAGCAGAGCAAGCAAUAGAAGUUGGAAUUUUUCCAGAAAGAAUCUCUCAAGGUUCAAGUGGAAGUUACUUUGUGAAGGAUCCUAAGAGGAAAAUUAUUGGUGUGUUUAAACCCAAAUCAGAAGAGCCUUAUGGUCAACUCAAUCCAAAAUGGACCAAAUAUGUCCAUAAGGUCUGCUGCCCUUGCUGCUUUGGCCGAGGCUGCCUGAUUCCUAAUCAGGGGUACCUUUCCGAAGCGGGUGCCUAUCUUGUGGACAACAAGCUUCAUCUGAGCAUUGUACCUAAAACAAAGGUGGUUUGGCUUGUCAGUGAGACAUUUAACUAUAAUGCGAUUGACCGUGCAAAAUCAAGAGGCAAAAAGUAUGCUUUAGAAAAAGUGCCAAAAGUGGGUAGAAAGUUUCAUAGGAUAGGACUCCCUCCUAAGAUUGGUUCCUUUCAGUUAUUUGUUGAAGGUUACAAGGAGGCUGAAUAUUGGCUUAGGAAAUUUGAAGCUGACCCUUUGCCUGAGAAUAUUAGAAAACAAUUUCAGUCACAAUUUGAAAGAUUAGUUAUUUUGGAUUACAUCAUCAGAAAUACAGACAGGGGCAAUGAUAAUUGGUUAGUCAGAUACGAAAAGCAGAAAUGUGAAAAGGAAAUUGACCAUAAGGACUCAAAGUGGAUUGAUGAUGAAGAAUUCCUUAUUAAAAUAGCUGCAAUUGAUAAUGGUCUAGCAUUUCCUUUUAAACAUCCUGAUGAAUGGAGAGCAUAUCCAUUUCACUGGGCUUGGCUUCCUCAAGCAAAAGUUCCCUUUUCUGAAGAAAUAAGAAACUUGAUUCUACCAUAUAUUUCUGACAUGAACUUUGUGCAAGAUUUAUGUGAAGAUCUCUAUGAACUUUUUAAGACUGACAAAGGAUUUGACAAAGCCACUUUUGAAAGUCAGAUGUCUGUGAUGAGGGGUCAGAUCUUAAACCUUACUCAGGCAUUGAGAGACGGGAAGAGUCCUUUCCAGCUAGUACAGAUACCUUGUGUGAUUGUGGAACGCAGUCAAGGUGGAAGUCAGGGUCGGAUUGUCCACCUGAGCAAUUCCUUUACCCAGACUGUCAAUUGCAGGAAGCCAUUUUUUUCUUCCUGGUAGUAAAUGUCAGAGUAAGAGAAACAAACUGUUUAGAAUUAUCAUGUUUUUAAAACAUCAUAGUAAUAUAAAUCUGCUGUUAGGAGCUCCAGUUGCUAAAACCUCCAUUUAAGUCUUUAAAAGGUUGUAUUUUGAAUGUAACCAAAAGUUUACAGUUUUUUGUCCAAAUAUUAAAUUUCUAUUUCAGGGAAGAAGUGCUAUAUCUCCUAUAUUGUAUUUUUGUAGAAAAUUUGUAUUUUAUGUUGUUGUUAGUUUAAAAGGUAAUUUUACACAUGCUGGAAUGACUGUAAUUACUCUAGAAUUCCAAGUAGAAUACAAUAACUUUUAAUAUUGAGAAGAAUGUUCAUGCUAAUUCUUCUUACAUUACAAAAGGCCUUUGAGGAUGCCUACGUCUGAAAUUGCUCUUACGAACUUUAAUAAAAUAGUUAGCUAAUAGAAAAACAGGUAAGAAUAAAGCAAUGUUGCCUUAAUUUCAAAAGCUGCUAUUUUAGAAUUUGAAUAAGUACUCCUAAAGUGACCAUUAUUAGGGACCAGAAAAUUAUAUCUUGGCUAAGUAAUAGAGGACCAUUUUGGUUUUUGUACUUGAGAAUAUUUUUGGUGAAUUACUUUGUUGUAGUGAGGAAAAAAUCUAAAGAAAUUUCCCCUUUUUUUAAAAAAUGGAAAUAUUCAAUUGAGACUUGAGGGGAAUAAUAGAAAAUUAAGGUAGAUCCCCAAUAUUUUGGAAUACCAAAAUUGCCUUAAAAAUUCCCUUCUGUUUCUUACAUGGGAUCAAAUCCUUGAGAUUAGUACUUCAGAGUACUGGCCUUGUUCAAUUUAGUACUUCAAUUACUAUUAAACUUCACUAAAAAGUAAACCAUACUCCAAAUUGUAUAUUGGAUUGCAUUUUGGGGUCCUAGGUCAUACGUUCUUCAAAAUUAUUAUGAUUGUACUAUUGUACUUGAAAUUACAGAUGUUAUUAUAAUUACAGUCAAAUGUAGACUAUCAGGCCAAAUUAAAGGGGAGCAUGGCAGAUAACCAUAAAGUCAUUUAUAUUUGAUUUUGAAAUGUAUUUUUGUACUUUAUUUUGAAUAUCAUCCGUAUGUCUGACAUUAUUGGAAUUUGUAACACUGUUAAUGCACUAAGUGAUUUAAAUUCAAUUGAUGAAGAUGUGAUUUUACAGAAGCAGAAGUUUCAUUUUCUUGAGGCUUAAAACCAAUAUCACCACUCGGGCUUAACUGGGUAAUUUGUGGUCUAGGCCUUUUGUUUUCUAAGCUUACUAUCUUGUGUUUGUUUAUUUGCUUUUAAUGAAGUAUUUUGUGUAAAAGGUUAAAUUAGGAUGCAAAACAGAUCUGCCAUUCCUUUUUCCCUUAUAUCUUCCUUUUGGUCUUCAUGGACGAGAUGAAUGAGGAUUCUGCUGCCCUGAGGGAGUUCAUUGGAAACCUGUGUUCUCCUACCUCUUCGAACCCUCCAUUAGCUCAAUUUUGAGAUAAUGGAAAAUUGACUGGAAAUUCAAAACUCAAACUACUAUCUUUAGAUAUAAACACUAGUAAUUAAAAUGUGCCUUUUGAAGAUGUUUUCUAAGAGAAAGGAAAUAUGUUGCAGUGAUGUGGGUACUGCUUUCAUAAAACAGUUUUUUCAGUAUUUUGAGAAUUGCCAUAUUAAUUUUUAUAAUGGAAAACUUAAUAAAUUGCUACUGUUUUAUAUCAUAAAAUUAAAAUACCAUGGUAAUAUUUGCAAAAGGUCUGGCCAUACCAGAAAAGUACAGUUGAGAUAGUUAAGAUAUAACCACAAGUCAGAGUACAUUGGUUGUAUUUUGUAAACUUUCAUGAACUGAAUUCUUAUUUAAAUAGUAUGGUUUUUUUUCAAUAAGUAUAUUUACAGUGUCAAAUGUGGUAGACUAAAGGUAAUAAAAAUCAUUGUCUUAAGAUUA